AUGCGAAUCCGUAUAAAGUUUUUAACUUUUCUAAUCGGAUUUUUAGUUUUUCUACCGUUCUUUUGUUUCUACAUUGGCAAUUUUCUGUCAAUAAAUGAAGAGGAUUAUCUGGAUGAAGAGUAUGAAGUUCUAAAAUCAGUGGAACUGAUAAGUGUUGAACAGACCACCAAAUCCAAACUAAAACCGAAACCUGACAACAUUAUCUCCAAAUCAGUCCUUAUUGGGUACUCAAAUGCGGAUAACCUCACGAUAUUUUCCUCAUUCACUGGACCAAAAGGAACUACAGUAAUCCUUUCUUCGUAUGGCUAUUUGAACCGUCGUGUUUACUGUCGUCUAUUCGAUGCAAACAAAAAAGAAAUCUAUCAAAAAGCCGUAUCAGUAUUCCCGGAAUUCACGAUAAAGUGCUCAGAAGAUGCAUCUCUUCGACCUGCGUACGUAGCAGUUACAAUCAACAAAAAGGAUAUUCCAAGGAACAUGAAAAGGAUGUUAUCACAAGAAACAAAAACAACAACAAGUCAGAAGAAAUCGGAAUUGACUGUCUGUCUCGCGCCGCUUUUCGGGGAAUCUCCAAAAGUUUUGAUGUUGAUCGAAUUCAUCGAAUACUACAAACUGCAGGGAGCUGAUAAUUUUCUUAUCUACUCAUUCCAGUCCACACAAGAAACUGAGCAUCUGCUUAACUUUUAUAGGAAUUCUUCUUCUUCCACUAAUAUGGAAAUUAUCCGAAUUGGAAAUGAAACUAAAUGCUUGAAUCGACAUCGAUGUCGACAUGAAAUGCAGUUACAGGAUUGUGUAUUCCGGAACCAAUAUAAAGCAGAAUGGGUGGUUACAGUAGACCUGGAUGAAAGAAUUAUGCCUAUUGAUGAAGAUUCGACGCUUUUAAGUCUUACAAGAAAACGUCGAAAUUCGAAAAUCUCUGAGCUUCGCUUCCGUUGUCAAUGGACUCUCCGCUACUCUGAUGUUUCUCCAGGACCUCCACAAAUUAAGAAUCUUCCGAUGAUCGUCUGGCACAAUACCAGCCACGUGGCACCACAAAAUCAUACUACAAAAUCCAUAAUUCGACCGGAAAAUGUAGAUUCAAUGGGUGUUCAUGGAGUUCAAAAAUUCUCGGACCCUAAAUUUAUUGUUGAAUUGAUUGAACCUAAAAUUGCAGUCGUCCGACAUUAUCGUUAUGUUGAAGGAUGGAGUUUCUUCUUGAAAGAAGCUGAAUCCUUUGGCGAAUUUUUUAAAUUCGAUUUAUCACCCAGUCUUUCUAGUCGUAUUGUUAAACAAAUGUCUUUUCAAGUGAGUGUUGCUGUCAAUGAUGCGCCACUGCAGAAGAUAACUGUGACACCAAGCACGACGAUUGGAGAUCUUCACAGCGAUGCUAUUCUGGUUUGGAAGGAUAUGGCUAUCGUGUAUGACGUUACGGAGGGAAACGGAAACGGGCCGGCAACCACUUUGGAACAACUCGGAGUCAAUUCCCUCUCUAUGAUCUACGUCUACACAACUUCCUUCCCAUGCCCGUCUGGAGACAUCCGGUCUAUCGUUCCAGCACAAGUCCGACUUAUAACCCAGUUCGCUUCUGCUGCUUCGAACCUUUUUAAUCAAGCAAAAACCACAGCUCCUUCAUCAUCAUCGAAUCAAAAUGCUCGUACUUCACAACAGGCUGACGACGGCGAUGAUGGAUCGAUUAAAACAAUGUUCUCUCGGAAAGUUCUGGAGAAGCCAUCUAUGCUCAAAGCUCUGACAGAAAACAUGUUCUUCCGAUUGAAAAAUGAGGCACAUAAGCUCGCAUUUCAACUUCCGGAUCUCGUUGAACGGUUUACUCAGAAUAAGGACCAGACAUACAAAGAAUUCGAGGCAUUUUUCCGUUCAUACAUUGAAGAGGAGGUUCAUAAAGAGGAAAUCAUUCAGAACAACCCAAACUCCGCGGAAGCAAAAAUGUUCUUGGAAGCUAGACGCAACAAGGAAUUGAUCAAUGAGCAGUAUGUUCAUUCGAUGACUCAUCAUCCAGAAGACAUGAUCGCUGUAACUAUGCUCUAUAUCAACUUGACAAUUAACGGAGUUCCAGUCAAAGCUUUCAUCGAUUCCGGAGCUCAAAAGUCAAUUAUGUCGAUGGCUUGUGCCGAACGUUGCAAUCUCAAUGGCUUGAUCGAUCGGCGGUUCCAGUCGAUGGCUCGUGGAGUCGGUGGACUAGAGAAGAUCGAGGGAAAAAUUCAUUUGUGCGACGUGAAAGUCGAAGACGCUCACUUCUCGUGCCCAUUCGAAGUGAUGAACCGCCGAGAGAUGGACUUGCUCAUCGGACUCAAUGUGCUCCGCAAGCACGGAUGCUGCAUCAAUUUCAAAACUUCUCGUUUGGAAUUCGGAAACGGCACUUCAACUCCAUUCCUUCAAUCUCAUGAAAUCGACUCUCAUCUAAAGGAAAUCAUGGCUCUCCCAGAAGAAGAGAUGCACAUCGACGAGGCAGGACCAUCUUCGUAA